AUGGAGCAAGGCAAAAGUUCAAAUCUGCGGAAGAACGAAAUCAUUGCUGACGAUGCGGAUCGAGCACCUGUUUGCUGUGCACCUCCAGUCUCUCAGUACCUGUUCGAGAAGCAAAUCGUGUGUCCAGACUGCUUCAAGGAAGAACAAUUCAUGACGAUUACUGCCCUCCCUAUCUUGCAAUUAUUCACCAAACAAUCGGCAACGUCGACUGAAAUUGAAAGCAACAUUGAAGAAAAAGAAGGAUCGUGGUAUUCUGAUGACUUUGGAUCGUCGAGUACCUCGGAAAUGGAUAAGCGGAAACUGGAGAAAUCUAGAAGGCUUGGUGUGGAGUUUGAAGGUCAACUGAAGAACCUUACACAUCUUCUUCAUAUCAUUACUGAGGUUGGAAUUGCCGAGCUACUUAGAGAUUCAACUAAGAAGGAAGAUCACAUUGUGCUCCGAAUCAUCAACAAGAUGAAGAUGAUCAAAGAGGCUCCUCAAUUCGCUACCGUUGUCAUCGACAAUGCGCUGAAAAGAGAGUUGGUGGAAGAAAUGACAAGGAGUUGGACAUGGCUCUCAGCGAGAGGACAUCAAAGAGGAGACCAAGUGGCUCAACUCAGAAUCAAUCAGUGCGCGGAGAAAAACAUUGAUCUGUUGAAUGUUAUUGUCGUCACCAAGGAAACUGUCACUCCCAUCGACACCAUCGCCUCCACCAACUGUGGUCCCUCUACUCAAAACGAGGAAUAG